AUGAACUCGAUCGAAUCAGACCCGGCCCUCCCGCUCCUGCGCGCGCACCUCACCCCGAUCGCGCCGCUCUCGGAAUCGACGGCGACGCUGGUCGAGUUCUUCGACUCCUUCGGCACGAACCCGGACGGCCCCAAGGUCGUGCUCAUCGGCGACGCUUCGCACGGCACGUCCGAGUUCUACGCGGCGCGCGCCGAGCUGACCAAGCACCUGAUCCAGCACCACGGCUUCACCGCGGUGGCCGUCGAGGCCGACUGGCCCGACGCCGAGGCGGUCGACCGCUACGUGCGGCACCGGCCGGGGCCCGGCCCGCGCGCGAGCGUCGGCCCCGCCGCCGAGGCCCGCAAGCACGGCCGCGAGCCCGCCUUCAUGCGCUUCCCCACCUGGAUGUGGCGCAACCAGGAGGUGCAGCGGUUCACCGAGUGGCUGCGCGCCUGGAACGCGGGGAAGGAGCCCAUCGCCGCCGACGCCGUCGGGUUCUACGGCCUCGAUCUGUACUCGCUCGGCGCGUCCAUGAAGGCCGUCAUCAGCUACCUGGAGCAUGUGGACAAGGACAUGGCCGAGGUGGCCAAGGACAGGUACAGCAGGAUGAUGGUCUGGGCGGAGAAUCCGCACGAGUACGGCCUGGAGGCGCUGGCGACCGGGUUUAGGGGGUGUGAGGAGGAUGUGGUGAGCAUGUUGCGGGAUCUGUUGUCCAAGAGGCUGGAGUAUGCGGCCGCGAGCUGGGACGGGGAGGAGUUCCACAGUGGGGAGCAGAAUGCGCGGUUGGUGAAGGACGCCGAGCGGUACUACAGGGCCAUGUACUACGGCCGUGACGAGUCGUGGAACCUGCGCGACACGCACAUGUUCGAGACGCUGGUGCGCGUGCUCAAGCAUCGCGGCAAAACCGGCCCGGCCAAGGCCGUCGUGUGGGCGCACAACAGCCACAUCGGCGACGCGCGCGCCACCAGCAUGGGCUGGACGCGCGAGGAGCUCAACAUCGGGCAGCUGUGCAAGGAGACGUUCGGCAAGCAGGCCCUCAACAUCGGCUGCAGCGGCAACACGGGCACGGUGGCCGCGGCCCGGCGCUGGGACGGCGACAUGCAGGUCAUGCAGGUGCGCCCCGGUCUCCCGGGCAGCUACGAGGAGCUGAUGCACGCGACGGGGGUCAAGAGCUUCGUCCUGGACCUUCGGGAAGGGCGUUGCAACGAGGAGCUGCGCAAGGCGCUGAUGAAGAAGCGGCUGGAGCGCUUCAUCGGCGUGAUCUACGCGCCGCACACGGAAAGGCAGUCGCACUACUCGUCGGCCGUGCUGCCGGAGCAGUUUGACGGCUUCAUCUGGUUCGACGAGACGAGGCAUGUAGGCGCGCUCGAGGUCCACCAGCCUCAUGUCGCGCUGGAGUAUGAUGAGACUUGGCCGUUUGGGUUGUGA